AUGCCGGCAUUGGCUAAGUGCAGACUCAGCCAUGCAUCCUCGCUCGACGAGUUCGAUCCAGAGUCCUGGGAGCCAGAGCCUCAAAGCGAUUCAGACGAGGAUUUUACGCCGUCGAAGAAACCGGCAAAGCGCGCUCGCUCUUCCGCCACAAAAAGGAAGAGCACUUGCAAUCCGUCCGGUCAACGCACUACAACUUAUUCUUCGACUCCUUCAGCUAGGAAUGGGACGUCCAACGCAGUACUCGCAAAAACGGAUCUUCAAGCACUAAGUAAAGCGGAGCUCGUCUCCCAAUACCUCGCACUGCAAGAUCAACUGAGACAAGCGGAGAAGAAGGCAGGGCGUGCGACACCGCAGCAGAUCGAGGAGCAGGCGAGGAAACUGCGCUCGCUGCUGGAUUCGGGGAUCCAAACACUCAUGACUUGGAAGCCCUCCUGCAACUGGGACAGCGCAAGGUUCAGCUACGAGGGCAUGGUGUCAUGCCCCGAAAUAUUCUACCGCGCCUUCGACAUCCGGCCAGAUGCGCGCUACAAAGAGACGGAACGCCUAGGGUGA